AUGGGCUCAAUCGAUCAAUGGCCGCAGAACGGUAUUAGGAUUGCUAUAGAUCGAGGUGGCACCUUCACAGAUGUCCACGCGUACGCGACAAAUGCGAAGGAAAGCGAACUCGUGUUUAAGCUGCUUUCCGUUGAUCCCCACAAUUACAAAGAUGCCCCAACAGAAGGUAUCAGACGAGUUCUCUCCCAUUUUCGGGGCAAGCCAGUCCCUAGAGACGAGGCUUUGGACAUAUCAGAUGUCGAAUCCAUCCGCAUGGGGACGACAAUCGCAACGAAUGCACUACUUGAGCGGCAAGGCGAACGAGUCGCCUUGCUCACCACGAAAGGAUUCCGCGACCUCCUGGUAAUCGGAAACCAAGCACGCCCGCACAUCUUUGACUUGAGUAUCCAGAAAUUACUGAACCUGUACGACAAAGUCGUUGAAAUAGAUGAGAGAAUCACCAUGGAGGAGUUCUUAGAGAACCCAGAGAAGAAGGCUGUCGAUAUCACACAGGAUGAUGCUCUUGCAAUGAGCGUUACGGGCGAACCAGUCAGAAUUUUGAAGAAGCCCAAUCUGGAGGCCGUUCGAACGCAAUUGACACAGCUGCAGGCAGAGGGAUUUAGUAGUUUGGCCCUCUGUUUGAUCCAUUCGUAUAUGUAUCCCCACCACGAGCGAGAAAUUGCACAGCUUGCUCGUAGCAUGGGGUUUGAGGUGUCCGUAUCAUCCGAACUCCAGCCAAGCAUCAAAAUGGUGUCAAGAGGAAACUCGGCAACGGCCGAUGCUUACCUUUCGCCAUUGAUUCGACGAUACGUUAAGAGCUUUAGUACCGGAUUUCAAGGUGGUAUGGAUGCAGUUGCUGCAAAGCUGCUAUUCAUGCAAAGCGAUGGUGGUCUUUGCUCGUGGCAAAACUUCUCUGGUCUGCGUGCAAUUCUCUCUGGCCCAGCGGGAGGAGUGAUUGGCUACGCGCGAUCUUGCUACGACCCGGCCGACAAGACUCCUGUCAUUGGUCUGCAGGCGCACAUCCUGGUCCAGUAUGCUAUCGGAAAGGAGGUCCAUUGA